UAAUGCUUUGAUUGGCUGCGGAAGGAGUUUCAAAAAAAGAUUUCAGCGCCAGUUGUUGAAGCUGUUUGAACUAUUGAGUUUUAUUUUAUCUUAGUACUAAUAAUAGCAUUUCUUCUGUAGUUUAUCCUGUUUGGUGUAGGAAUCAUGUCAUUUUCAAGGGCUCCUUUGAAAAGAUUUAAUGAACACGUCGGCUGUGCUCCUCCACCAGGUACAUACAAUCUGAAGCCUGGUGAAACAACAAAGGGUGCUGCUUCAUUCCAGAAGGCAGAGCGCUUCGGCUCACAAAAACUGGGACCACCUGCCUCCAAAGAUGUGCCCAUGUCUCCAGUGCGCAGGACCAUGUCAGUUGAUGGCUUGAUCGAUAGUUCAAAAAAGGACAAGGGCAGCUUUCAACAUGAAAUGAAACAGCAGAAGCUGCUGGAGAAAGAAAUCCGGUCGCUGGUUCAGCAGAGAGGAGAACAGGAUCGCAGGCUUCAGGCCCUAGAGGAAGACCUAAGGAAGCUGGAGGCUAAACUGCUGACUGCUGUGAGAGAGAAGACUGGCCUUGCAGCCAGCGUGGCCUCUCUUGAAAGGCAGCUUGCUGAGUUAAAGAAAACCAACGAGUUCCUCAAGACUAAGGUUUCUGCAGACACCACAAAGAAGAAAAUCCACUCGCUGUCCAUGGAGCUCAUGGAAGUGAGAAACAAACUGGAUGCUAAGGACAAGGAGCUGAGUUUCCUGCAGAUCAACUCGGAAGGCAAAAUAAAAGUGUUGGAGACUGAUCUUGAAGCUUCAAGGACAACUCUUAAUGCUAUUAAGGAGAGGAACCAAGAUCUUGAGGGCCUUCAUGAAGAGACUAAAGCUCACAAUGAGGAGCUGGAGAGGGAAAUGGAUAAGCUGCAUGCUGUUAUACAGGAGCUGAGGGAGGAGCUUAAAGUGCUACAGCACUACCUUGAUGAUGCAAAUGAAGAGAUUCAGGAUCUCAAAGGUAAACUGCAGGACAAGUCGGCAAUGGAGCACAGUGUCUCCGAUUCUCAAGAGAAACUUGGUGAGGUGGAGCAGAAGUUGGAGCAGUGCAUGGUGGAACUCCAGGAGUCUCAGUUUGUCCUGAAGAAGAAGGAGCAGGAGCUGCAGAAGUGCCAGCAGGAGCUCCAGGAAUCCCACAGCACCCUUGAGGAGCGACAGAGAGAGCUGGAGCAUCACAAGUCUGAACUGGAAGCCUCUCGGGCUAUGCUGAAAGAGCUGGAGGAGAAGAGCAUACAGGGAUCGCAGGAGCUCGAGGACUCGCAGAGCACAGUGAAGCAGCAAGAACAGGAGCUAACCCGAGUGAGGGAGGUGCUAAGAAGAACAGAAGAGGAGUUGGACCAACGUGUGGCCCACUUGAAUGAGCGUUGUUUGAGCAUGGAGGAUGAGAGGGCCAGGACACAGGAGGAAGGGCUGAGGAGAGUGCAGGAACUGCUGGCUGAAGUUAGCUCACUGGAGGAGAGCAAGAAAUGUGAGAGAGAAGCUCAUGACAAGCUGAAGCAGCAGCACUCUGCUCUUGUCAAACAGUUUGAGGAAGAGAAGACUCGUAAUGACUCUCUGUCCAGCAUGAUGGCAUCUCUGCGUGAUGACUUGGACAAAGAGAGGAAUCAGUUAGAGGAGGAGUUGGAAGAGGUGCUGGAGGAAGUGAAUGUGCUUGAGGAGCAGGACAAGCUUCUGCAGGAGACAGUCAAUCUCCUGACACAGGAGAACCUCACAAUGGAAGAAGAACUGAACAGUACCCGUGCUGAACUUGAGAGGAACAAAGCUGAGACAAGGACUUUGGAAGCAGGUCAUCAGGAGACUGUGAAAAAACUACAGGAUGAAUACAACAGCUCACUGGGAAAGAUAGGCAUCAUGGCCACUGAACUAGAAAGUGUCACAAAGGCUUGGAGUGUGCAGAGAGAGCAGGAUGAGGCUCGUGUACAGGAGCUGAAGGACUCACUGAGCAGAAUCACUCAGCAGUUGCAGGAUGAACAGAACAAGCUGCUUCACCAACAGAGCACACAGGAAAAAGAGAGGGAGGAAUAUGCCAGGAUGUUACUGGAAGUCCAGACUAAGCUGGCUCAGUGUGAGAUGGACUUGAGGCAGGCCAUGGAGGAGGUAGGACAAGAGAAAGAGAAUAAACGGCAGGCAUUGGCUCAGCUGGAACAGACUCUACAUGGGAGGGAGUCAGCAGAAGGCAGGGUUCAGGAGGUACGGCUCCUACAGGAGCAGGUGGAGGUGCUGAAGCAGGAGCGGGAGCAGCUCCGCCAGCAGAUGGAGCGGGAGCAGGAGCAGCUCCGCCAGCGGAUGGAGCAGGAGCAACAUAACUUGAGCAAACAGCUCACAGAAGCACUAAAAAGCACAUCAAAUGAUGAGACAGAGCACUGGAAAAACCUGUAUGAACAGCUCUCUGCCAAAGUUAAUCCCUUCCAGGAGCAGCUGGAUAGUUUUGCAGCUGAACGAGAUGCAUUGCUCUCUGAAAAAGGGGCCACUGAGGUAGAACUGAAUAAGCUGGCAGGUGCCUAUGCCAGCUUGCUGGGCCAUCAGAACCAACGACAGAAAAUCAAGCACAUGGUCAAGCUCAAGCAGGAUAACUUGGAGCUCAAGCAGGAAGUGACCAAGCUAAGGACACAGGUGGGGAAGCAGAAGCGGGACCUGGAGCAGAUAAAGUCUAGUCAGGCUCCACGCCGGUUUGACCCCAGCAAAGCUUUCAAACAUGAACAUAAAGAGAACCAUCAGCCUAUGGUGCCUCUUAGAUAGAGGCAGGAUCUACAACUUGGUUGUUAUAUCACCUAAGCAGUAGUUAUAUGAAUACAUGUAUUGUCACAUUGCACUUUCCACACCUUUUAUAGGGUUAAUGUAGACUGCCAUUUCAAAGAAUUUAAUGAUCUAGGGUUUGCUAGGAAGGACCUGUCAUGGUAAAAAGAUGAGCAGUUCUUGGUGGAUUUUGCCUGUGAUAAAAGCAAGCACUGGGGGAAUUCCUUCUAGACUUGGCGAUUUUCUGAUAUCUGGACACUAAGGGUGGGUGUGUGGUGUGGAGGUUUUUUUUUUUUUUUUUUUUUUUUUUUAAAAAUAAAUGUUGGCUUGUGUGUUUGGGUCACCAGUGCUGCAGGACUUGGUCUUUUUAUUAUAUAAUUACUCUUUAUACAGUACAAGUGUAAUGUUUUAAGCAGCUAUUUGUUGGUCUAGAUUCAACAAAUAGAUGUAAAAAUAUGUAUAUGGUCUAGUGUGCUGUAAGAUUGGAUUGUGCAUGCUCAUCCAUUGUCUUCCUAAAAUUCUGAUUCAUUUUGUAACCUUUGAACUUGGUUUCAAUCUAAUUGCCUAGUCCUGUUAAUCCAAUUUAUAGUUUCAAUCAGAUUACUCAACCUAGUUCAGCACAUUCCAUGUGCCAGAAUUUGAUUACUUGGCUGGUCUUUUCGUUGUUCUAAUGCUUGACUUUUUUUUUUUAAAAGCUUUUAAAAAUUUCUUUGAUUUUUAAAUAUAAUUGCUUUUACUGUGUAGACAAGUUAUUUAAUAAAAAAUUUACAUUUC